UCUCUCUCUCUCUCUCUCUCCAGGGAGGAGCUAAUGGCGAAGGACCAACAAUCAAUGACUCGUCCAUGGAUCCUCGAAGCUGUUCCUCUCUUGGUCGUCGUUUUAAUCGCCGUUCACGUCAUCUCUUUGGUUUACUGGAUUUACAGGCUAGCCACUGAAAGACAGCCUCAGCGAAGAAAGGCGCAUUAGUAACGCAGCAUGUGCAGAUAUGAGGGCAGGUGGAACACGAUUUUUCCUUUUUCUCUGUCUUCACAAAUACAUACUUUCUGAAGCUGAUGAAACAAAUAUUUUUCAAACGCUUUAAUUAUGUCUAUAUCUUUUUAUGGUUAAUGAUUUGAAUUUAGUGUGCUACUACAUGUUGGUUCAGUCAUUAAUUUAUAAAUUUU